AUGGCGGCAGUAUUCAAGCGUGAGCAAGCGCAACAGAUGCAUGAUGUCGUGCGACUUGGACGUGCCAGAAUUGAGGACAUUAACAAUCGCCAGAUUGCCGCACAAAAACUGAACGCGAAGGCGAGACCACGCAUGGCCCCAAAGAUGCGCCGCGACGACGAUGGGAACCAACUCCAGAAAGGCAAUGGACAUGCGCGUAGACAGAAAAAAACCAGGAGCUGCAAAACCACUGCGCCAUGGGCUCCAAAACCGCAGGAACCUGACGCAUCGGAUGAAACAACUAGAUCAGGUAACUGGGACACCGCGGGCGAAGAAAAAAGGACACUCCGUUCCACUCUAGGAAAAAAGACAGCCACCAUUGUAGGUCUCUACGAAACUCAACAUUCAAGCGAAUGGGAUGGUCGCGAUGACGAAAACAGCAUAAUAGAUCGAUCAUGCGGCGAAGAAAGGUACGACCAGGGACCACAACUCGUCAGGCAUGAUGAAGGAAGCCAAUCAAGGACUCCAGGUCACGACGCGUACACGUUUUCUUACGAGACCACGACUGGAGAAGCCGCAGGAUGCGAUCGACCUUGUCACGGGGCAAACGAGCUAACUGCUGUACGGAACCCAACUCGAUACCGAGAAACACCAAAACAGUGGACGGGCCCUCGCACUUUUGCAAAUGCAAAGGGAGACCCAAGCGGGCAAACACGGUAA